GGAUAGCUCAGCAUUUGUGGCGAACCUGAUAACAUCCGAAUACUUAAAGCGAAUAUUGCCUAUGGCUCUCUUCCGGCCGACAUUCGAUGAUGCGGUUGUUGAGCCACUUCUUCCGGACCCUGACCCGUCGUGUCCUUUAGAUGAACCAUGGGAGGGAUCUUUUCGCUAUGUGCGCAAUGAACUCAUCAACUACGUUCGCACAUUGAUCUGCAAUUCGGUGGUUGUGCCAGUAAAGCUCUCGCACAUUUUGAGGUCUACUGAGAAGGCGGAGGAAAUCACUCGGAAUGUCAUUGAACGUGCAGGACGAGCCUCUGUAUAUGUCACAUUACUUGUAUGCAAACAAUUCCGGACGGAAGCAAAGUCGGAUCACGUCAACCGCACACUGUUGGAAUCCCGGGGAACGUACGCGGAAGUUCUCGCCAUCUUGCUUCUUGCCCAACACAGCAGUGACAGCCUCGAUAUCCUAAAGGAGAUUCUCACCUGCCAAUGGGACGAGGGAAGACGGUCGGAUGAACCUAUCGAAAAUGCUCUCACAGUAGCAAUUGAAGCCCGGGCAACGCAUUUCAUUUCGGAUGGUAGAGUCAACAACACCUUGAUGGCAAUUUGGCGUGGAAGCUACGUUUACGACUCACGUCUGACCCAAGGAUUACAACGAUACCCGAGUCGUAUACAAGCGCGGCAAAUGACUGAAGGACGCGAAGAGAGAGGGCACGAGGGAGGAAAGCUUCAAUUUAGGUGGUGGAAGCUGAGAGUGCCACGUUACCAGUACUACACGUCCGUCUUUAUUUACUUUAUCUUCUUGGGAUUGUACACCGUGGUUGUUAACGGGCGGACGAUUACACCUGCGCCGGCAGAGAUUGCAAUGUAUAUAAUGGUGUUCUCCUUUUUAGCUGAGGACGUGAAGAGCAUUUUCUUAGCUCACCGUCGAUUUGAUGCACUGGGCAUGUGGAAUUGGAUUGACUAUGUGUCUUACUUUAUUUUUAUCGUGGCAUUCACCUUUCGCUUGCUGUCAUAUAUGGAACCAAACCAAGAGCGACAACGGGAGCUCACUGAUAUUGCCUUCAACAUUCUAUCCUGUUCGGCGGUUUUCGUCUGGUUCCGGACUUUGGAACUCUUGGACACAUUCCGUAAUUUUGGCUAUCUCCUUGUUACCGUUCGACGAAUGCUUCAAGAUGCAUUGCAUUUCUUUGCACUGAUUGCUAUUUUGAUACUCGGAUUCACCCAAGCCUUCCACGGGCUAGCUCUUGGAUACGGCGGGGGAAAGCCUUUAGAAGAUCCUGAUAGGUCAUCUCGAGCAAAUCUGCCUUUCAUACUUAAUAUGCUGGGGAGAAGUCUGAUGUCGGAUCCCGCGUACGAUGAAGCUGGGUAUAUUCACAAAUUCUAUGGCACAAUUUUGAUGCAUAUCUUUUUGUUUAUUUCAUACCUUGUCUUCAUGAAUUUGCUGAUAGCUGUAUUUAACAACUCGUACGACGAGGUCCGAGAGAAAAGCGAGGCAGAGUACCAAAUACUCUUGGCUGAAAAAAUUCUGGAGCACAUUCAGCGUUCAUAUGAAGUUCCAUUCUUGCCUCCAGCGAACCUGAUUGAACUCAUUUUCCUACCUGGCCUACCAGUGAUUGGCAAAACGCGCGGGCGCGUAGCCCUGGAAUACAUUUGCGCCGCAUUGUUUAUUCCUGAAAUGUUGGCGAUUGGGGUCUACGAAUAUUUUUGUCCUCCUCAGAUAAGCGACCGAAUGCAGCCCUUGACACAAACCAACGUGGCUUUUGAGACGUGGCGGUUAGACAUUGAGGUUCUAGGCGAGCGAAGUGGCGGAGGGGAUGUUGGUGAUGGUGUUGAGGCGGCGCAUGCAAAGGCAGUUGAUCCCCGGCGCCGGUUGUCAGCAGCGGACAACGGCAGAGCACCCAAGGAUGCCAUGGAUAGGAUUUUGAAGGCAGUAGAUGGACUUGACAAAAGAAUUGCUAGGCUAGAGCAUGAUAGAAAUGAAGAAGGGGGAUGUCAUUUGAGACGGGAGGAUUUGGAACUGAUUGCAGACCUCGUAGUGCAGAAGUUUAAGAUGUCGACGGAGGGUUAAAACAGCGCACAGCACGUGUUUUAAUUUUGGCACGCUGGGAGACAUAGACCCUGAAUUGUGGUAAACAGCAAGAAAUUCAAACACCCUUGUC